UUCCAACCUCCAACCUCGUCGGAUGUUGAUCGAACGUGACCGGUUGGGCUGUACGUGUUUACGCUAUUUCUUUCAAUCGAUCCGUUAAAGCGAGCGCUCGUGCGACAUGGCCAAUUCGUCGUUCUCGUCGUCCAUACAAUCCUACAGCGAACCGCUCACGCAGGACCAGGAACUGGCGAUUUACAAGAGCGUGAAAAUGAAUCUGCAGGACAUUCAGAAAGCCACGAACGACAUUAAUCUGAAAUUCAGAGAUGCACGGAGAGAGAUGCGCGUCACGGCCGCUUUGCUGAACGCGAUCGAGUCGAAAGAGCCGGCUGUCAAUCAGGAUUGACGCGUUCGCUGAGAGACAAAAAUAGCUGAGCGCCAUGGCAGCGCGAAGAUCCAUUACGACUACAACGUGGGGUUCUGUGAACGGACAGGAGGUCAAGAAGUUCACGCUGAAGAACCGAGCUUCUCAGGAGGUCGAUGUUAUAACGUAUGGCGCGACGCUGACUGCCAUUAGGACACCAGAUAAGAAAGGAAAUGUGGGAGACGUCCUGCUCGGCUUUGAUAACAUCGAAGGGUACCUGUCAUCGGCUAAUCCGUACUUCGGUGCCACCGUCGGACGGGUCGCAAAUCGCAUCGGCGGGGCAACCUUCGUCGUGGACGGCCAACGUUACAACGUGUCGAAGAACUUGGGUCAGGACAGCCUCCACGGUGGUGUUCGCGGUUGGAGCUUCAAGGUGUGGGACGCUACGAUCGAUGGCGAUCGCGUGGUGAUGACUUUGAUCAGUCCGGACGGCGACGAGGGCUACCCGGGAACGGUGACGGCGACGGUCAGCUUCGAAUUGAAGGACGACGGGGGGCUGUGCAUAGAGAUGAAGGCUAGGUCCGAAAAGGCGACACCGAUUAAUCUAACGAAUCACGCCUAUUUCAAUCUCGCUGGACACGCUACAAACGCGGCGGAGUUGUACAAGCAUGUGUUCGUGCUGAACGCCGACCGCUGGACCGUCACGGAUUCCGCGAGCAUUCCCACCGGUGAGAUUCGGUCGGUCGAGAACAGCGUGAUGGACCUCAGGUGUGCGACGAGGCUCGGCGACGUCAUCGACAAGGUGCCGGGCGGCGGUUACGACUACAACUUCUGCCUGCCGAAGCCGGCGGACCAGAAGAUCCAUCUCAUCGCCAGAGUGUCGCAUCCGGACUCGGGACGUCUCCUGACGGUGUACUCGAAUCAACCGGGCGUACAGUUUUACACGGCCAACUCGAUGGGAGGCGAGACUGGUAUCGCGGGCAAAAACGGCGCGCGGUACUCCCGACACGCCGCUUUCUGCUUGGAGACGCAAAAUUAUCCCGACGCUGUGAACCACAAAAACUUCCCGAACAGCGUGCUGCGACCAGGCGACGUGUACAAUCACUUUGUCAUGUACAAAUUUGGAGUGGAACCUAAUUAAUGCGCUUCCAUUUUCGACUAUAAACUCUCUGAAAGAUCAGACGAGUAUUAACACGUUGACUGCCAAAUACACGUUAAUUAAUUGAAAAUCUAUUAAAAAAUUAAAAAAACUCCCAGCUUUUCACACAGACUUGAUUUCUGGAAGAAUGCAAGUAAAAAUUUUACGUUUUAACGAAAAGUAAGGAUAUGUUAAAAUAACACGUUUAUAUAAAAAUGACAGGAACGAAGUUAUCUGAUUAUGUACAGUGACAGUCAGUGUGUUAAAUAAUGAUAUUAAGUAAGCUUAUAUUGCGCUUAUCUAUAAUCAUGAUUGUAUAAAUAAAGACAAACAUCUAUAAUUA